CACCGGGGUAAUGGGUCUGGGCUUGAGGGUUGGCAGAGGGGUGGAGGAGGUGCAACGGCCAGGGGACCCUGGAAGCGCGCGCGGAGAAGUGAAUGCAGAGACCAACGGGAGCUCCGGGUGGUCGCCUCUAGCAGCCAGCGCUUGCAACCCGCAAUGAGCAUAGAGUAUUUCUUUUCUGAGGGGGGUCGUCUAGAGUGUCCGUGAAGGGACCAGGCACGCGAGGCUGGUGGAAAAGCGGGUGCUUUGACUCUUAGCUGGAAGCGUCAAGGGGAAGCUACUCUAAAGCGCUUUCGCUUUCACUCUGGUCCCGGACAAUGGGGGCUGGUUAAAUCAAGAAAGGGGGUUGGGGAUGGUGCAAAGAGAUGAGGCAAUGGUGCCCUGGGCGAAGUAGAACAGCACUUGGGAGAAGGAAAUGUAGGCACUUAUUGAAAAGGACCAAUUCAUCACACAGACUUUUGAUAAACUUGCCACUGGGCAACUCUUAGCCCAAGCACUGAUAAUGGGGGUUCUGUGUUAACCAGUGAUGCCCUUCCCUUGACCCAGGAAGGCCUCUCCUUGGCCCAGAUGCUGCCUUACUCCCUUCCCUGUGUCUUCCCUGCCCACUCCCAUGUGCCCACUGGGGGGACUUUGCUUAGGAUGGGCGCCUGGGGCAGAUGGCAGCCCAAAGACUGGCUGGCUGGCUUCUGCUCUGGACUACUGCCACCACUCGUGGCUUGGGGGUGGCUUUGUUAUAGAGGAGUAGCCUCUAACUUGAAGCUAACCCUGUUCUUUUUUUUUUUUUUUUAUACUUUAGGGUUUUAGGGUAGAUGUGCACAAUGUGCAGGUUUGUUACAUAUGUAUCCAUGUGCCAUGUUGAUUUCCUGCACCCAUUAACUCGUCAUUUAGCAUUAGGUGUAUCUCCUAAUGCUGUCCCUCCCCCCUCCCCCUACCCCACAACAGUCCCCGGAGUGUGCUGUUCCCCUUCCUGUGUCCAUGAGUUCUCAUUGUUCAAUUCCCACCUAUGAGUGCUAACCCUGUUCUUUGACCGUCUAUUCAUGAUAAGUCGGUCCGUCGGAAAGCAUACUCAGAGGAGCGUCCUUUGGGGCCAGAGUAACUUACGGCCUGGUAAGAAAGGCACAGUGAAACCACUUAUAAUUUGGGAAAUCUCCCCUCACUGCCAAAUGAGCAGUAGCAAGUAGGAAGUAGAAGUGGAAACAAGGGAUAAGAGUUAGACCUGAAUUUUAGUCCCAGGUCUACUGUUAACUCUGUGUGACUUUGCAUAAGUCGUUUGCAUUUUCUGUGACUUGGUUUCCUCAUUUGAACUGAGGAUCUUUAAGGCUCCUUCCAACUCAAUAGUAGAAAAAAUCUAGCUUUAUCUUCCCUCACUUCUUCUUGAUUCUUUUCUUGACCUAGAAAAGUCAGCUUAAACUUCUCAGUCAAAUUCUCUCUUAGUACAAAUUUACCCUCCUGGCUGCUGAGAUAUGUAUUUACCUCUUGAUCAGAAAUUCCAUAACUGAAACUUUUAUUUUCAACCAUCUAUGUGUUCCUUGCUGCUUCUCUCCUGCCUUGCCCCGGCCAUGCUAACCACUGCCCUCCUCGAUUUUUUCCAGUGUUCAGUAAAUUGAAAGAGCUCACUUCUGAUGAAAUGGGGGGUGAGAGUGGAGGAUUGUGGACCAAAAAAAAAAAAAAAAAUAGACUGACCUCUUUUCCCAAGAUCAUAGUCAAUUACUCUGUGUUGGGUCUACACCACAUCUGCACAUGCUAUGAGCCCUUCCGGUGGAGAGAAUUUUCACUCGUGGAGCUGCUUCACUUCUACCUCUAGGAGCCUCAUCUCCACCUCUCUACAGUGGAGAGGAUUCCACUAGACCACCAUCAUGGCAGUGGAGUUUGACGGGGGCGUUGUGAUGGGUUCUGAUUCCCGAGUGUCUGCAGGCGAGGCGGUGGUGAACCGAGUGUUUGACAAGCUGUCCCCCCUGCACCAGCGCAUCUACUGUGCACUCUCUGGUUCAGCUGCCGAUGCCCAAGCUGUGGCCGACAUGGCCGCGUACCAGCUGGAGCUCCAUGGGAUAGAAUUGGAGGAACCUCCACUUGUUUUGGCUGCUGCAAAUGUGGUGAGAAAUAUCAGCUAUAAAUAUCGAGAGGACUUGUCUGCACAUCUCAUGGUAGCUGGCUGGGACCAACUUGAAGGGGGUCAGGUAUAUGGAACCCUGGGAGGAAUGCUGACUCGACAGCCUUUUGCCAUUGGUGGCUCCGGCAGCACCUUUAUCUAUGGUUAUGUGGAUGCAGCAUAUAAGCCAGGCAUGUCUCCUGAGGAGUGCAGGCGCUUCACCACAGACGCUAUUGCUCUGGCCAUGAGCCGGGAUGGCUCAAGCGGGGGUGUCAUCUACCUGGUCACUAUUACAGCUGCUGGUGUGGACCAUCGAGUCAUCUUGGGCAAUGAACUGCCAAAAUUCUAUGAUGAGUGAAACUUCCUCAGACUUCUCUUUCUUAUUUUGUAAUAAACUCUCUAGGACCAAAA